GCCGCCUCUAGGUUUUGGGAAGAUGGCGAAGAUCUCAGAGCUUUACGAUGUCACUUGGGAAGAAAUGCGAGACAAAAUGAGAAAAUGGAGAGAAGAAAACUCACGAAAUAGUGAACAAAUUGUGGAAGUUGGAGAAGAAUUGAUUAAUGAAUAUGCGUCUAAACUUGGAGAUGACAUUUGGAUCAUAUAUGAACAGGUGAUGAUUGCGGCCUUAGACCAUGGUCGGGAUGAGUUGGCCUUGUUUUGUCUUCAGGAGUUAAGAAGACAGUUCCCUGGCAGUCACAGAGUCAAGCGAUUAACAGGCAUGAGAUUUGAAGCCAUGGAAAGAUAUGAUGAUGCUAUACAGCUGUAUGAUCGAAUUUUACAAGAAGACCCGACUAACACUGCUGCAAGAAAGCGUAAGAUUGCCAUUCGAAAAGCCCAAGGGAAAAAUGUGGAGGCCAUUCGGGAAUUGAAUGAGUAUCUGGAACAGUUUGUUGGAGAUCAAGAAGCCUGGCAUGAACUGGCAGAACUUUAUAUCAAUGAACAUGACUAUGCAAAAGCAGCCUUUUGUUUAGAAGAGCUUAUGAUGACGAACCCACACAACCACUUAUACUGUCAGCAGUAUGCUGAAGUUAAAUAUACCCAAGGUGGACUUGAAAACCUGGAACUUUCAAGAAAGUAUUUUGCACAGGCGUUGAAACUGAACAAUAGAAAUAUGAGAGCUUUGUUUGGGCUUUACAUGUCAGCAAGUCAUAUUGCUUCUAAUGCCAAAGCAAGUGCAAAAAUGAAGAAGGACAACAUGAAAUAUGCUAGUUGGGCAGCUAGUCAAAUAAACAGAGCUUAUCAGUUUGCAGGUCGAAGUAAGAAGGAAACCAAAUACUCUGUAAAGGCAGUUGAAGACAUGUUGGAAACGUUGCAGAUCACCCAGUCUUAAGGUUUCCAAACUCUUUGACAUUAGAUUUCACAACAGCACAGUUGAACUCACUGGCCUGUGACUUAUUUACUAAAUGCCCAGUGCUAUUUAUAUCUGAUUUUCUCUUAAGAAGGCAGUUACAAAGAAUGUGUUUAUAUAAACCUAAAAAUGCCUUUUCCUGCUAAGCAGAAAGAUGGAGGAACUCCAUAGAAGGAAGAUUUAAGACUUAACUAAUUGUACACCAAUCUCUUCAUAUCACAUAUAUAUAAUCAUUGCUUUUAAGUCACAACCUGAUGCAGAAAUAACCUUGUUAAAUAAACCAUCAUGAUUUAUUAAACUUGAAUAUGAAAAUUGUAGCUUCUUUUUGUUAUGCUCAUAGUCAAUAGUUUUAAAACUCAAUUUCUAGUUAACCCUUCACGAAAACUACGAAAUACGCCUCAUCUGUAGGUGACAAAGUUAGGUUAUUUUAACUUUGUUAAUGUUGUCAGCUUGAAUUUUUGCUUUACCUUUUGGUGGGCUAUAUAGUUCAGUUAGAUGCUAUAAUGUUAUUCUGAGAAACUUUGGUUAAAAUAUGUCAUUCCACAAGGUUUAGCAAUAUUUCUUGGUAAAUUUUUGUUUUCAUCUAAAGCAUCAUUGAGAUUUUUUUUACCCAUGAAAUGCCUGAAAGAUAAUGUGUACUAUAAUACUUAAAUUUAACCUUUCUACAGUUAUAUUUAAAAAUUUUGUGACCGUAAAUUACAUAACAGGUAAAUUAAGGAUCAUAGAAAAUACAGGUGAGAAGAACUGCAGUGGCUGUUUUUAUUUUGAGGGAAAAAUGAGGAAAUCUAAACUGUCUUUAGAAAAAAAAAAUAGUAUGGCUUUAUUAUCUUAAUCAUAGGAAAAGUUAUGAUUACCAAGUAUUUUUUCAUAGUAAAUAUUGUGUUAUUUUCAACAGUAUUUUUGCAUGUUUCAGGAAUGUUAAAAAAAUUUUUGGAAGCUAGAUACUUUAGGCACAAGUCCAUUUUUCAAGUAGACAAUUAUGUAUUCAGGACACAUUUAUUAGUAAUAAAUUGCAACUCAUGUAUCUUUAAAUUUUACUUGUUUAUGUUAACCACAUAUAGGUUCUGUAUUAUAGACUUGUUCCUGCUAUUUUUGGGCAAGCAGAGAUUGUGGAGAAGUUGCCAACCUAAUCUUUAUGAAGAAAAAAUUUCUCAAUGUCAGCUUCUUUUAACCUUUUAACUAACUCUUACUGUCAGUAAAUAUUUAAUCAUAUUUAAUCUAAUCUUAAGUGUUAUGAAAUCUCUUAUUUUGUUCUGCCAGGAAUAAUGAGCCAGUGUUUAAUUAUCUUCCAUUAAAAAAAACUCCUCUCACAGGAAGAGAAGUGUUUCUCGUACCUGUCAUUGUUACGACAGAUGUGGACUCUUCCUGAGCAUGAUGUUAGUAACUCUCAGUGAUCAUCCGUUUUAACGCCAUUUGAGCUGUAAAGGACAUAGUGCUUGCACAUUGUCCUACCACUCUUUCUCUAAUCCCUGCUCACCAGUCUAUAGAUUACUGUUUUAUUAGCAAUUAUUUUAGUGUUUCUGAUGGCUGUGAGCCAGUGUUGCAUUGUUGGUAUUA